CACACAGGUGUAAGGUGGGGGAAAUGUGCGUCCUGAAAAACAAGUUUAGGAGUUGUGCGCCGUUACUCGGCCUCUCCGCUCUCCUCCGGUAUGGCCCCCCGCUGCGUGGGUAACUGCGCGCCCAUCUUCUUCCUCGCGGUGGUUUUUGAUGCCAUCGGCCUGAUUGUGCUCCUGGUGGGGAUUUUCGGCAACCUGAACCUGCACGGCCGCUUCUACGGGGAUUUCCUCAUCUACACGGGCUCGCUGGUGAUUUUCCUCAGUUUGAUAUGGUGGGUGUUGUGGUACACGGGGAACGUGCAGCUGUACGCGGAGGACAGGACCAGCUCUCUAGACUUGGACAUUAACUUUACGCACUGGGCCAGGAAGCUGUCCGAGAGGCUGUCCAAAGGCGGCAAGAAGCCCCUGGAUGCCGGACAGGAGAAGAAGAAGAGCAUGGGCAACGGGAAGGAGAUGAACGGGACUGUGCGCUCCGUGGCGCCGUGUCGGGUGACGUGGGAGGGCGGCAGCAGCGGUGGAGCCGUGUCGGGUCACGACAAUAAAGGGUUUGAUGGAUGGCCCGAGUGCGCAGCUCCGGCUGAGAAAAACGUGGAGUUGGGAGUGUUGAAGUGCUCGGAUGUGGCUCUGCAGGCAGCGGAUGGCAAGGCGGAGAGGCUCCUCUGACACAAGGUGACGUCCAGCUUUCCUGGUGCUGAAAGACAGACUCCAUCCAUGAGCUGCUUUCCAAAAAAUCUGAAAAUAUUGAGCUUACAAACUAAAGUCACUUUUUUUUAAAUGAAAAGACUAUUUCUUAAUCAGGGAAAAGCCUCCUGCAUGAAAAAAAAGGCAGAGGGGCUGCGCACAGAGGAAGAAAAGGUCUUGAACUUGUACAUAGCAAAUUUCUAUUUUUAUGUGCUGAUUUUGUGACGUGUAAAUUAUUUUACUUGGGAAUAAAGUUUACAUGAAAUUGUAAUUUAGUUGAUUGAAGGCGUUCCUGACUGAUAGUGUUGGUGCCAGAUAACGGCACGCCCAUGUGCUGCAGAGUUGUGCAAGAGGCUAUUUUUCUUGUCUUCUUUUCCUUCCUGGUUUUACCUUUCAUCCUUCAAAAACUUAUAUACGCCACACAGAAAGCUGUUUAUUUUUUAUUUUAUUUUUUUCAUUUACUAUUUGAAGGGUGUAAACAGCACUAGGUGUUCUCCAAAUGUAUUGCAAAUCACAGAGACCAAAAUACAAGGCUAAUAUUUCUUGCUUUUCCAAAAACCACCUGUGGGCUUAAGAUAAGACAGAUCAGUGGGGAUGUAACAUGUUUCUGAAAUGAAGCGGCAGCGAUAGAAAAAUCUCUUGACAUCAUUAAGGAAACAUAUCUCUCGUCUGUCAGACAGCGUCAUGAAAAAAUGUGAGAUGUAGAUACGGAAAGGCAUGUGACCCGAGUGUUUAAACUCUUCCUUCUCAUCAGCCUCACCUCAGACUCGCAGGUGGCACUAAGAAGGGAAGACAGGUUCCUCCUGAAUUUAUUUCACUAGUAAAAGUUUUCACGUCGUACAGAAAAAGUGCUAAAGCUGUGAAUUGCCAAAGCUGUGACUGCUAACAUGGAUUAUACUGGCUAUCUUGGCCGCUGCCUGCUGUUUUUCUUAAUCGGCGUCUUCCUGGAUGCAGUAGGCCUCAUCCUCUUCUUCAUUGGGGUCUUCGCUCCUUUUACCUUCUGGGAUUUCUUAGUCUUCUCAGGACCCCUCAUUAUGUUCCUCAGCCUGGUGUUCUGGAUCUUCUGGUACCUGGGAAACCUGGAGGUGCCGAUGGAGGAGUUACUCCCCAAAUGAGAUUGGCUUCUUUAUUUGCAGCAAAACAAAGCAGUUUUCCUGUAACCGGCUCUGGAAAAAUAAAACCAAAUCAACAGGGUGAAAUUCUCAGCUUCACCUCACCCUUGCUAGUGGAUGUUUUUGCAUUUGCUUCAUCACCGAAAGAAAUGUGGACAAAUGUGGAACUUUAAUCUGAAAGGACAUCUGUGUGAUGUCCACUUCAGAGUGAAUGAGGGGGGACAGAGUAGCCAGAUUUAAAGGAGGGGGCACAUUUGUCAGAUGAGUCAAAAUGUGUUAAGACUCUAAAUUAAAGCCCUGGUUCUCCAAAAGAAUAAAUUAUACAUUGAAAAUAGUUACGUUGUUUAUUCAUUAUGCAGUGCAAUAAAUAAAUGUUAAAUGUUAUCAAUAAAUACUUGCUAUUUGUAUCUCCACAUAGCCUACAGGCAUGGUCUGUUUGUAGCUGUAUUGCAUCUCUUUUUAAUUUUGUGCAUCUCUUUGUAGUUGUGUUGCAUUUAUGUGUGGUCAUUUGGCAUCUC